AUUUAAAAUAAAUUAUUCACUGAAACUUUUCAUAGAUUAGAAUUUCUACAAAGAUGAUAUAAUUCUUGUAUAUAUAUAUAUAAAUAUUUUGUUUUUUCUAAACUACAUUUUUUGGAUCAAGUUAUAUGUUACACUUUAUUCCAUUAAAGUCUUUAAGAAAAUAAGCUUCCUAAUGUCACUAACUACACUUGUACCCCGGCCCACCGCUGUAUAUGAAUCCUACACUCGCAUAACCGCAAAACACCUGCAAAAAAUUAUUAGAAUUUUACUAAAUCAUAUAGACAAGUCUAUUUGUUUUGUUAGUCCUGACAGGUUCCAUAUAAAAUUCAUUUUAUUUUUUUCAAACUUAAAAAUUGAGAUCCUAAAUUCGUAAAGUACCGUAACUUUUCAUGAUAAUCCAAAACAUUUAAGCAAGGAACUGGUGUUCGUGGCAAGUGAAAGAAUUCGAAUUCGUUUGUUUGCAAAAUAUUUCGAAUAAAACGCUGCUCCCUACAAAAAUUACAACAGUGUAAUAAAGCCCACUAUGGAGAAGUAUUCCUGCCACGACACCCCCUUCCUAUGUGAGUAUUGUCAGUCACACGGAUUAACCCCGAAAAGAGUAGAAACCCCAAAACUAGAACUGUUGCGUGUCAAAGAACGUAGAGUCCUACGUAUGAAAUCUGAGCCUCGCCCUUGUGAAUGUGACGCAAAUAAUAACAGCAAACACAAUGUGGAUCAGAAGGCAACCCAAACGCUCAAAAUGCAUAAGACAUCAAAAACUGCAGAACAUAUACCACGAUUUCCGCAUAGGAAUUAUGAAAAAGAGGUACUGAUGCAAGGAUCAGUAAUACAAGAACCAGCUACCUCAAAAGCGUAUUCAUUUGGAGAACGUACAGAACGAAAACAGCGCGCUUUGCCAGAAGAGGCGACUACAAGUAACAGAAAUGACAGAAAUACUCCCAAAUUAUGGAGAUCUCUAAAGAGCACUAUAUUGAAAAUACCAAAAGCCAGCGACACAGACGAUACUAGUAGUAUUACAAGAAAACUCCAAACGAGAGAGUCAAGUAAAAAGCGAAAGGUAACACACGUUCCGGAACAAUACUCUGAAGAAAUUCAUUCAGAUCAAAGGUCAGCGAGAGAUUACGCCAAUAAUCAGUAUCUAACAAUUAAUUCGACAGUAGAAGACACCACAAGCUCCUCAGAAUACUCACACGAACAAACAAAAUCGCAAAUUAAUGGAAAGAGCGAAGAAAGUGAGUUAGACAAAAGCUGGUAUAGAUAUAGAAAACAUCAAUCGAAAUCAAAAGAAAAAGGCACCAAACCUUCACUGAUACCAGUGACAAAGCGAAGGCAAACACCAAGAGUGGCGGUAAAAACAAGUUCAAACAGUGGUCAAGAUACCAAAAUUAUUAAACCAUUUAUAGAAAGUGCUUCAAAAUACAAAUUGUUAAGAGUGUCCCAGAUAGGUCCAUCAUCAGGGACAAGUCAAAGCAGUGUAGAAGAAAAGCAUUCAAACCAAGAAGUUGAAGAUCCAAAAGAUUCUCAAAUAAUAUCACAGACAGGUAUUAAGGAGUACAGUUCAAAAACGAAAACUCCACCCCCGAUCGAGCCGAAACCAAAACAUAAUAAAAUGAAAAUUGUAAAGGAAAGCCAACAAUACUUAGAAACUGAAUUAAACAAAGAGGAAUAUAAAGACAAUGACAAAUUAUCGGAAUGCACCAAUGAAAACCCGGUGCUAGAACUUUCAGAAAACGUCAUUUCAAAAAACUCGGACUUAGAACGAAAACAUAGUAGUAAAAUAUCUGUACAAAUACCGCAAAGUAUACAGCCAACAGUAGAACAAUCUCUAAGUACAUCAAUAAAUAAGAUAAUUGUAUCAAAUCAAGAGAGUGACAUUCGUUCACCGAAACCAGAGCUCAGUAUAGGAAGCAUGCCUUCCAGUUCAUAUAUAUUAGGGGCAAAAUUUAAAACGUUUGAGUCAGGUAUUAGAAUAAAUGUACCGAAUUCUUCACAAGAAAAUGCUAACUGCGAAAAAGUUGAAUCAACACAAUUCUUCGAAGCGACAAAACCGGUUAAAGAAACCGAAACAACCACCAAAUAUUCUGAUUGUUCAUGCGAAAGUUUUUCUCAAAAAACAAAAUCUCAGCAGAAAUAUGGCACUACUGUGUCUUCUGAUAGCAUCCAGCAGUACGACAAUGAUAAAACUUUGAAUGAAUGCUCUUAUGUUUCUAUAACAAAAAUCGAUUCAUUCGAACCAAUUCAGCAAGACUGUGAUAUUGAAAUGCAUCAAGAACGUUCGCCAGAACUCACUUUGUCUGAUUGUUUGCCUGAAAACAUGAUAGAUCGGGGUAACGAUCAUGGCACAAGUACUGAGAGUAGUUUAGCCGAAGAUUUGAAAGAGUAUAAGCAAUUCAGAAAUUAUCACUCGUUACCAAAACUCGGUCGUCGGUCAAAUGAAUUAGACAUAGAAAACUCAGAUCACAAUCCCUUAUCCUUAAAAGAAUACGAUGAACUAGAGAACCAACUGUUAAAUGAAAAUAGCCAACCGCACUCAAAUGAGAUGUUACACAGCGACAAUGAUGAACUACAAGACUCCUUAUCAAUGAUUUUCGAGCAAGUCAAAAAAUAUUAUAAGGAAAGAAAAUUUUUGGAAGAAACACAAUUAUUAAAACAGAAAAUGCACAGUUUUCGCCUAUAUGAAUAUACUCCCGAUCCAAAUGAAAAAUAUAGCCCAUGUGAAGAAAAAGUAUCACAUGGAAGUAGAAAACCUUAUAGAAAGAAACAAUCUUUACCUCAAAGUUUUAAGUCCAUUGAAGACUCCCCAACUUGCCGAAGUCCAGAGCUCAGUACUAUUAGCGAAAGUACCGACAGUGAACAGUUCCUGUUGCAGAAUUCAGCAGGCAAAAGGCAAGAAUAUCAGCGAGAAUGCAUUGGCUAUGAAUCUAUAAAGAAUGCACGAGAUGUAGCAGAAGUUACAGAUUUGAAUGAGUAUAGACAAGGAAGCAAUUUAGAUAAUCGACUUUUGAAGCCAUUUAAGUAUCCGACAAGCAUAUAUGAAAGACUGUUAAAAUAUCAGCCAAUGAUCGUACCGUGGACCGCGCGGACAAAGUCGGUACAAUCUAAGCAAACACAAACUUUACCGGAAGAGGAACACGCUCACUGGGAACAUUCAAAAACAACAACACGUAACAGAGUAUCAAAACAACAAAAGUCAAUAAAUAGUGAAUCGGAAGAAAGUGAGCGAUCGCUAGUUAAUAUGCCACUAAAUGAUCUAACUGGAAAAAAUGAAAGGAUUGUAGAAGCAGUAACAGAGAAUUUAUUGACAAAUCACAACCAACCAAUCGAUGUGGUAAACCUCAAAUCAUCACAAGAUGGCACAAAAUCUAGUAAAGACACAACUUUAAACCAACAAGAAACGGAAAUAAAUUUGAGCUCUAAGAACCGGAGAGAUCGUCGAACUUUAGAGAGCAUAGGAAACAACGUUUCAAAAAAGGAGAGGCAAAGUUCAUAUUGCAGGGAUCCACCAAAUAAGCAAACCAGAAGCAAACCAAGGAAAAAAACUCACAAAGAAAAUAAAAUACUUGAAAAUAAAGGGCAAAACCGAUUGUGAUUCUGCCUGGGAAACGUUGAAAGAGGAGAGGAUAUUAAUCAAUAAAGAAUUUCUUAUGAAAAAUAUGAACGGAAAAAGUGAAAAAGAUGCUUUGCAAAGAAGAAGAAAGAAGAGGGAAGACGCUCGAGUCAUGAAAAACAGAUCAUCAGCGGAAAAUAUAACUCGAAGGAAGCAGGAGAAGGUGUUAAAAAACAAAACAGAGAACAGUUGCGACGAUUGACGAAAAAGUUUGGGUGGAAUGAAAUGCACUUAAAAUAGUAAAAGGGCUUAGGCAAGGAAAACAAAGAGAGGGAGCAGGAAUAAAUGAAAUUGAGGGAAUAAGAUGAUCAGAUAUUACAGAAAUCCAAAAAAAGCCAACAUAAUCAGCUGACUAAGAUUGUUCUUGUUCUUGUAAAGAAACUACUAAUAUAUUUUGUCGCUUGAAACUCAAGACCAUAACACACACACAAACAUUGGUUUGACUGUUCUAUCAAAUUUCUUUGUAAACAUUUUGAAUUUUUUUUUAGUUUGAAAAAAUUGUCUUUCCAAAGAACUUUCCUCUGUGACAUGACGCCAUAAAGUACGCAAAAUAACCAAAACAAACUCGCUUAGCUGCUGCAAAGACACUACGUCGCGAUUUCAAAUAUUUUCGCUUUUGUCCCAAAUUUCGGAAACAAAAAAUUCGCAGUAACAGAGAAAAAAGCAAGAAGAAUUCUAAAUCACAAUAUGCAUACAAAUUCGGUGACCUACAUUGAAUAUGAAACGACAAUAACCGAAUCUUGUUCUUGUACUUGCACUCGCAUUGUGGAGAUAUGCGAUACGGAACUAGCGGCGAAAGGAGAGAAAGUCCAAAGGGCAAAAGGUGGCGCGGAGUUGCUCGAAAAGCGUUCGCGUACCAAAAAAUUUUCAAAGUUUUUCCAUGCAACUGGUUUGCGGAAAAUUAAAAGUUUAUUUACGCGGUGAGUAGUGGGUCCGCACCGAAGGAGGGACAGUAAGGCGUGAAGCCAGCGUUGUCUUCCAAACGUGUAUGGGUGAUCGUGAGAAUUUGGGGGAAAUACAUCAAACAAAUGGCAAUUUAAUUGUCAACGGUCAACGGGUCGGCAAUUUCCUAUAGUGAGGGGAACUCUUGUGUUGUCGCUGGUGCCUGUGGCACAUACUAGGCCAUAUUUUGGUAGCAAGUCAUGUAAUGAGAGAUAGUUUCUCUCUUUACCGAUCUUUUGUAGAACAUUCUACAAAAUUUCACCUAAAUUUAACUCACGGUCUCACUGAAGAAACCUUCAUUGACCCUUAGAGAUCACUGAAGUCUAUUUAAAAUCGUUCUCUUAUUCUAUUUGUCUAAUAUCAUUGCAAUAUUUAAAAAAAUCAGUUGCUUUAAUUUAUAAUUUUUACUAAGCCGAGAACAGAAAUUAAUAAACAAGGUAAAAAAAAUUAAAAAACGGUAAA